UGUCAAGGGAUCUGGAAGAUUUGGUUGAUCCAGGUCAUUCACUUAGUCGCGGGCAAAUGAUAAUCCUGGCGGAUUACAUGCUACUCCGGCCGCUAAACGAGCCUCAGGAUGACACCGCAUCGAAAACCAUUGAUCGUCGCGCUCCGCCCGCCCGUAUGACGCAGGCCGGUGCGGCAGAUUCGACGUCGGAUGCGGCAGACGAUUCGAGUGGUCAUCUGUCUGAGCGUUCUUUGGCCCUCGAGUCAGCCGAAUCUGCAGAACUUUCAGACUCAGAUACCUCGACCAGCAGUGAGCGUAUUCGCAUGGCCCGCAAGGGGAAAAGAUCCGUCCGGCAGGCCAUCGUAAUGAGCGCCGACGAAUCGGAAGAAGAGGAGGACCAGGAGGAGGCGCAAUCAGGUGGUGACGAGUCAGAAGAGGAUGAACUGGACCAGGAUCAAAUCCAGGAACAAGAUGUUCCGACUGAGAGGGAAGAUCCUGGCGUCAACAUACGCAACAUCGAAGCGCGAUUGGAAGCGACCCUUCAAUCUCAGGCGACAUGGCAAUCGAUCAAAGACAUGACCCAGAACAAGAGCGGCCCGAUCGCCAAAUUAACCGAGAUCGAGAGCGAGAUCGUGGCUCUGCACAUGCAACUCGUCGAGCUUCGCAAGCAACCCUAUCUUGAGGCUCCAAACAACAGACAGGCCGCUGGACCGGUACACACGAAUAUCGCUAGCUUUUCGCGCAAGGACAUAGUGCAGCCUGCACCCGAAGCCAUGGUCAUCAGUAUGCCCGCACGUAAUCCGUCAAAGGCCGAAGAUAUCACCGAUUUGCAACUACACGGCGGACAAGCACAGGCUAUUCAUCGAACGCCAGGCGAUAAGUCCCGCUUCAUGAUCAAAGGCUUCGCCAGCGCGCUUCAGGGCCAGACCAACAACCUUGCGACCUUCUCCAUGCGAGCCACUGUGCAGUUCUUCGGGAGCCUGGCAAGCACCGCCACGACGUCGCUCGAGAACGGUCUGAGAGUGAUUGACGGUUGCAUGCCCGUCAACGGACGGGUCAUCAUGGCCAUUGAACGCAAUGCAACGGUCUCCAAUACGAGCUCCCAACAGAUUCUCUGCAUGGCUAGCGACCCACAUCGCCGACCGACAUAUCAUUACAUGGACAAACACCCCCACGCGGGGAACCCCUUCUGCGUUACUCCGAUCGGGUCGCACGGCGAAGGCGACCGAUACAUGUUUGCAAGUGGCGGGUUUGACCACAAGGUCGUACUCUGGACAGUUCCUCUAGCGGGUCAGCAAACUUUGACUUCGAGUGUGAGGGUCUUGCAUCGUCAGCAUACCUCGGUCGUCAGGAGUGUGGCUUACGAGCAGGAGCGCAAAUGGCUGCUGAGUGGCUCUACCGGCGGCGAUCUUCUAGUCUACGACUGCAAUUCUUCAGCCCAGAAGCUUUUGAAGACCGCACGCUAUAGCGUUGGCGCCUCUAUCUGGCAUAUUCACACCAAUGAGCUAGCUCCCAGCUCGAUCGCCGUCGAAGCAGAGCAAACUCGAGAUCAGGUCUACGUAUUCGACAUGCGGAAACAGAAACCUAUCAAGCGCUUCGGUUUCGACAUCAACCUGAUCGAGGGGAAAGCCGUUGGUCAGACGCGUUUCGAGAAGGGAUCCUACAAUGGCAACUACUUUGCCAGAGGAUAUGCCGAUGGAACAGUCAGGAUGUGGGACAUGAGGAUGCUUCAGAGGAACAAACAGCCCUACAUGGUCGCGAAAGCAUCGAAUGACGCGAUCCGUCACGUCAUGGUCGACGAAGGCAAACUCAGGGUUUUGACGGCUGGGACCUUGACGACCUAUGAUCUGCACCGCGGGAUGUGAGGGGUCGAGCGCAUCGAGCACGAAGUUUAACGAAAGACUGAGCAGUACGAAGAGAGAUUCACAAGGAUACAGAAGCAUAUAGAAACGACAUUUCCCCCUCUAAUCAUUGACUUCACGACACCGAGAGCCGAAAUUCACGAACAAAUCUGUCGGGCUGGGAUAAUCUCCAAUAUUAUGACCCCUAGUCGAGACAGUCACGAAACCAUGUUGUAUAAUAGAUAGCACGCCCAACAUUGACCUUGAUCUUGAUGACGAUUGUCGAAUUUGC